CCUGUCUCCUCACAGGUUCCGUCCGCUCUUCUAAAAAGGAGAUUUUUGAGGGUUUGAAGCAAGGCAGGACAUCCAUGACAAGAGUGGUGGUGACAUCUACGUCUGUGUGUGGAGUGGCUGUGCUGACCCCUGUGCCAUGCUGACCCCAAGGUGAUGCCAGCCCCUGCCCCGCAGCCCUGGCCCGCUGAGGCGUGACGGCGGCACCACGGCGGGGCUGGCCCGGCCCACGCGCUGCAGGGUGGUCAUCUACCUCCAGAAGGACAUGUCUGGGGACACGUGCCUGGGCAGUGCCCUGUGCCCGGCCGCGGGCCACAAGCCCAAGGCCAGCGGGCUCAAGGGGGGCAGCCUGGGGAACAAGUACGUGCGGCUCAACGUCGGCGGCUCGCUGUACUACACCACGGUGCAGGUGCUCACCAGGCACGACACCAUGCUCAAGGCCAUGUUCAGCGGCAGGAUGGAGGUGCUCACCGACAAGGAAGGCUGGAUCCUUAUAGACCGUUGUGGGAAGCACUUUGGAACAAUUCUAAACUAUCUCAGAGAUGACACGAUUGCACUUCCAAAACACAGGCAGGAGAUCAAGGCGUUGAUGGCAGAAGCCAAAUACUAUCUCAUCCAGGGCUUGGUGGACAUGUGCCAAGCAGCCCUGCAGGACAAAAAAGACUUGUAUGAACCUGUCUGCAGCAUCCCUAUUAUCACCUCCCCAAAAGAAGAGGAGAGACUGAUAGAGUCAUCAAUGAAACCUGUUGUUAAACUGCUGUAUAAUAGAAGCAACAAUAAAUAUUCCUAUACCAGUAACUCUGAUGACAACCUGCUGAAGAACAUCGAGCUGUUUGACAAGCUGUCGCUGCGCUUCAACGGCAGAGUGCUGUUCAUCAAGGAUGUGAUCGGGGACGAGAUCUGCUGCUGGUCCUUCUACGGGCAGGGCCGCAAGCUGGCCGAGGUGUGCUGCACCUCCAUCGUCUACGCCACGGAGAAGAAGCAAACCAAGGUUGAGUUCCCCGAGGCCCGCAUUUACGAGGAAACACUGAAUGUGUUGCUGUACGAGACACCCCGAGUCCCGGACAACUCCCUGCUGGAGGCCACGAGCCGCAGCCGCAGCCAGGCCUCGCACAGCGAGGACGACGAGGGCUUCGAGCUGCGCGACCGCGUGCGCCGCAUCCACGUCAAGAGGUACAGCACCUACGACGACCGCCAGCUCGGCCACUAGCCCGGCGCUGCGCUCGGCCACUGGGCUGUCCCUGCCGCCUGGCUUGGCCACUGGGCUGUCCCUGCAGCCUGGCUCGGCCAGUGGGCUGUCCCUGCAGUGGCCUGUCCCUGCAGCUCAGACACCAGCCUGUCCCUGCAGCCUGGCUCGGCCAGUGGCCUGUCCCUGCACUUGGCCAGUGGCCUGUCCCUGCAGGUCAGCACAGCUCACCUCCUCGUCCUUGCACAGCAGGGAGAGAUCCCUGCACUCUGCCCAUCUAUCUUCACCAGGUGCCUCGGUUCCCCAGAGAAGCAAACAGGGAUUUGUGUGCACAAAGCUGCACUAAAGGCUUGGAGAACUGAUUUGUGCACCUUGUGCUUUACCUGCAGUCUGACCCCUCUUCCUGCUGGCGAGGGAGGAUUUGGAACACUGGUUCUCAGUUUGUGGUUGCCCUUUCCUAUCUAAUGAUUUGCCAGUUCCCCCCUUGCUAUGAGCAGCGCUGCUCUUCCUGACUGAGGUGGUGUGGAUUGAAAAGCUCUUUUCAGACUGCUCCUCUUUCAGGGCUUUGUAUAAUGGAACUUUCAGUUAUUAAAUCAAAAGACUGAAGAGAGAACUGGAUGUGGCUGCUCUUGGCAGACACUACAGGGGAUAACCCCCAGAGGAACGCUGAGCUGGCCAGUCAGCUGCACUUGUGCUCUCCCACCCCUGUCCCCAGAACCUGCAAAGGUUUGUGUUCCAGGAGAGUGGCUUUAAAACUCAUUGAUUCCAAGGCAAGCUCUUCCAAAGUGGUGAGAAUCGAGUCAUCAGCCUCCCCAUGUGAAAAAUGGAAAUCUCUGAUGUAAUGACUUGUCCUGGGAGAGGGGCAAUGGUUUUGGUGAAGGAAGAAGCCUGAAGUAAGCAAACCUGAGCAGAUUGUGGCAGUGUUGCCCUGUUGAAGCUUGUCACAGUGAAAUCCUGUUUAUAUAAACAAGGGCAAUCUGGAGAAUUGGUUUUACAUUAGUUUCCUCCCAUGGCCUAGAAGUGCUAUUCAAUGCUAAAUUUCUCAAGCAGCAGGGGAAAGAUUUCAGUAGCUGGAGAAAUACAGGCUAAACAGUGUUUUCUAAAGCUAGAAUAUGUGAAUUCAAGUUCUGUGUCCUGAAUUCCCUCUAGAGUGUGGAAGUUGAAGAAGAAAAACAACUGUGAAAAUAUUGUUCUAGCAUGGAACUGCAAGAGGCUUUGGGCACAGGAGAGAGGUGGCUUAAGCUGGAUUUUAAACUGAAAUAAUAAUUUUUAUUUUGAGUGUUUGGCUGAGUGCUGAUUGUACAGGGCACUUCAGGAGGUGGGAAUCAAGUCUGCUCUGCAAAUGGAAAUUUCUGAAAAUUUUCUGGAAACGGUUUCAAGUUGAGUAUGAAAAGCCGUUAUUGUAUUUUUAAACAUUUGCUUGUAUGUUUGGGCUGUAGGUAGCAGCUUUGCCACUGUCAUCCAUGGUUAUUCCUGCUGGCUGCUCCCUGGGAGCCAGGGAUAUGUUGGAUGUGUUCCACAGCUGCCUUUGUGUUCCCGUGUCAUACUCAUGUCACAAAGCUCCAGAUUCCACAAUGGCCAGUCCUGAACUGCUUUGGCCAGUGCCAAACCUACCUGCAAGAUUUAUAGAAAAAUACCUGCAAAACCUGACAAGAAAAUAAUUGCAAAUUAAUGCAGGGAGAUCAUAAGGAGAAUUGAAAUGUAGGUGGUUUGGGCGUAAUAGAAUGAGGAGAGAGAACAAAAAAUUAUUUGGGUUCAUUUAGGUUUUUGAAAAUUAAAUAGUGGGUUGGUAAGAAAACACUAACAGACUUUUAGGAUCUUCUUGCCUGUACGCGUGGCAGGAUUCACUUCAUUCUCCUCACAUUCAGGAAGCAGCAUUGCACAGGGAUGCACCUGCCUUCUUGUGAAAGGCCUCUUGAAAUCUCUAAUAAUCCUAACAACCUCUUUUAUACUGCUUUCUGUAAGUUUUUGUUUUCCAGCUGGUUAUUCUGUUGUGCCAGGGAAAAUACAGCUGUUGAGAUUAGUUUCAACAAGAUUUUUGUGGUAUUUCUCUCUAAUUCUGCUAGAGUGUGAUGUGGAUUUUUAAAAUUUUUUCCCUCCACUGAUGCUAUUUAAUUUGAAGGCACCAGCAGAGCCUGCAGUGAUGGGGUCUUUGUGCUGCAUUUAAUAGUUUCAAGUUAUUAUAUUGUGCUUUUUCUGUCUUGUAACAAAAGCUGAUGCCAUUUAGAAAACACAUGUGGCACUUCUGUUUCUUGGCAAAUGAUUUGUAUUAUUUUUUUCUUGUUACUAUUGUAGUGAAUGUUAACAGAGUAAGUGAUGCUGAUAGCCUUGCAAAACUGCACUUAAAUGAAGUUAUAAGCAGAAAAAUGUCAUAUUUGCAUUUAUUUUUCUGGGGAGGACAGGUAUGGAAAGGAGUGUGUGAAUGAGAAUGUCAGAUGUGCUAGUCCAGAGGCUUUCUGUACUCACAGGUUUGAUUAAUGAAAUGAAUCCAACUUAUGAAUUGUUACACUGUAAGAAGCAGAGAAAAGCUGAUGUUUUGGUUUUGUUUUCCUUUCCCUAUUUCCCGCAGCGCCGAGACAACAGCCCCUGUUAACCUUCACCUUGACAUUCUGUUCUUUGAGCAAAAGGAGACAUUUACCCUGCUGAAAUGUUCCACUCCAGUCACUUUCAUUUUUGCCCUUCUUGUUUAGAGCAGAAAAUCAGUGAUGGACAGGGAGGGUGAUGGAGGGGCCGUGCUGUCACUGAGCUGUGUCUGAAUGGGCAUUGCUUGCUGUGGGCUUGCUGUGGUUUUGUUCUUCUCGAGGUUUUUCAUUUCCAGACAGAAUUCUGUCCAGGCAGUACUGGAUGGGUCUGCCCAGCAGCCCCUGCCUUACACAAUCAGGAUGUUCUGUGACAAUCCUUACAUUCAGUGCUCACAGCCACCCUCCCCCUGUGCUGUGGGAGAGCUCAGGUGUGCCUGGCAGGUGAGUCCUGCUGUCCCUCCCUAGGGACACACGGCAGGCUCUGUUUUGUGUCACUGUCACUUCUCAUCCAAUGGAACCAUAGUAAGACCCUCCCCUACCUCACAGGGUGGCUGACACUUAAUUUGUUUAUUGAGAGUAAAGGAUUCUUUUGGAUUUCUAUGAUAUUUUAUAUCCAGAGGAUAGCAAAUAUGAUUGCUGAUCUUGUUUAAACUGAUAUUCUGUGAUCAAGUUAUUUUCUUAGAGAUUCAAAUCUUAGAGAUUUGUUUUAUUUUCACGUCUAACUUUUAAGGGUCGGUUUUACAGACAAAGUAUCUAGUGAAUGCAGUAAUUAAUCAAUUAUCUGUUGAUUAAAGUGUUUCACCAGUGUGCAUUAAAUGGAAAUAGAACACUAAUUUUUAAUAAAUUGU